AAAGCAACUAUGCGUAUAGCCGGCGUGCGGCGAGUUUAGAAAUUUUGACAAUUUGUUUUUCACGAUUUUCGUUGUUAAAUUAAUAUAAUUGUUAGUUAUGGAUCUAAACGAAUUGCUGCAACAGGCGCAGCGCCUGACAAAUGAGACCAAAAUGGACACCGAACUGCCCCGCGUGGAGCGUACACUGUCGCAAGUGCUUCAAGCCACACAGGAGUUGCAUUCGCGCGUCACGCAGACAGGCACAAAUGAUUUGCAGGCACACAUAUUGCUUGGAUCCAGAGGUGUGGAUCUACCAAAGUUGACACAAAAGCUAGAAUCGUUAAGUGCCCGCAAAUCUUUCGAGCCACUGAAUCCGGUUUCCGACACCGAUGUGGAGGGUUAUCUAAAGAACGAACGCGAGAAUGCCAUUAUUGCAGUAAUUGAAGAGACCAACGUCAACAUAUUUAAAUCGGUGGAUCGGAACAGGAUGCGUUGCAUUUAUGCAGAGUGGGGCGAGGAUAAGGAGCGUCUGCUCAAUGCCCUGGUCGGGCCCAAUCAGGAAGACUUUCCCGAUGUGCAUCGCCAGAUGGUGUCAACUGUUUUGCCACAGGAAGCCUUACCACGAUCCCGUCUUAAUCGCAUUGAGUCUCUAUACGCUCAAGAGAUUUGCGCCUACAACCAAUUUAAAACUGCUUACAUUCAGCAGAGCAGCCAUCGUCCUAAUCUUCUCACCAAACUUACCCAGCUGGCGAAGGAGAAGCUAAACGACAUCGAUAAUCAAGUGCCCGAAAUGUGGAGCGUACUCUCGUACAUGGCCAAUGUGUCGCCUUUAGUGCGCAACUCGGAUCCCAUCAAGGCACGACAGACUGGGCCACAAUUUGUCCAGCAAGCACUCGCCUAUCUAGAGCAAUGCUAUAAGCAAUACAUGAACACAGUCAUCCAGAAGAAUCGUCUUGUCGGCCUUCGUGGCGGCAUUCCCAAUGUCUACAACACGGUCAGCUCAUUUGUCAGCAUUAGCUUUCAGUUGCCACAGUCCUUGGUCGGCCUGCUCGACAUCUCAAAUGGUCGUCCACUCUGGUCUCUUGUCUAUUACAGUCUGCGCAGUGGUGAUCUUGGCGCUGCCGUUCAGUUUCUUAAAGAAGGCGGCGUUUGUCCGGAUCUUCUGAAGCUGUUGCAGCACAAGCAGCAACAACAGAAGCAUCAGCAAUCGCAUCAGCAGCUGGGCGACCAGGAGAGGCCCCACACCAAGCUGGAAGGUCAGCUAAAGCUCGAGUACAACAAUAAAUUGCGUGUGUGCACGGAUCCAUAUAAGAAGGCGGUGUAUGCCAUUGUGUUGGCCUGUGAUCCGCACGAGCCCCACCAGGAAGUCGUCCGCACCAUCGAUGAUUUCCUAUGGAUGCAGCUGUCGAUGCUCUGCACAGCUGAACGCUCUGAUUAUCAUAUCGAGCGUCUGAGUUACGGUGGCCUACAGUCUCUCAUACUGGAUAAAUAUGGCGAGAAUUAUUUCAAUGCACGAGAGAAGACGCCACUAUACUUCCAGGUUCUUGUGCUCACGGGACAAUUUGAAUCGGCCAUUGAGUUUUUGGCCCGCACAGAUGUGAAUCGUCCGCAUGCCGUCCACAUGGCCAUCGCUCUAAAUGAGCUCUCGAUGCUCGGCACACCGAGCUCAGUUCAGCAGCCUCUGCUCAGUGCUGAUCCACAGGAUCCGGCGCCAAUGCGACGCCUUAACUUGGCCCGUCUCAUCAUCAUGUACACGAAAUGCUUUGAGCAAACCAACACCAACGAGGCGCUCCAGUAUUAUUACUUGUUGCGAAAUUUCAAAGCAGUCGAUGGACGCAAUUUGAUGCUUACUUGCAUCUGUGAUUUGCUCGUCGAGAAUUGUGAUGAUCAACUGUUGCUAUUGGUGUUUGGCAAUCCCGAUCCCCAUGAUCCAUGGGGCUACAGCGGUGGCAUCUUUGCACAGUUUAGCAACAUGGUGCAAGAUAAGCAUGUGCUAGCCACCAUGGUGGGUGAUGAACUAGCGCAACGCACCAAAUUUGAGGCGGCCAUCAAGCUGUACUUUAUUGGCGGCCAGCUGGAGAAGGCACUGCGUUUGUUGUGCUCCCUGUUGACACAGGUGGUGCAUCAGCCGGCACGACAGGGCAGCAUGCGGGAGCACCUUGUUGACAUCACGGAGCGCAUGAAUCUGGCAUUGGCCAAGCGUAAAUUGGAUGUGGAUGACCAUGUGUUGGGCACAUAUCAAUUGCUGUCACAGCUUAUGAAAUUCUUUGACUAUUAUCAUGCUGGAGAGUCACGUCUCGCCACCGAGGUACUGGCCAAGCAUCGCAUUAUCCCUGACAACUGCCGGGAGGUUGACAAUUGUGUGAGCAGCCUGAAACUGGUUGGUGCUGAUAUCAUCAAAGUUCUGCCCGAUGUUCUGCUCGCUGCCAUGGACCUCAUCUACAUGGAGUAUCAACAAGUCAAGACCGGCCAUGGCAGCGCUCCCCACGACGAAACCAGCCAAGGACCAGGACAGGGUCAUAGCGACAGCAAGGAAGAGCUUCUCAUGAACUUACGGCAACGUGCCAAGGCGUUGACCAACAUGGCAGCCACAUUACCUUAUCGCAUGCCCUCGGACACAAACAAUCGCCUCGUGCAGCUCGAAAUUCUGAUGCACUGAAGCAUUACAAAAACCAAUUAAAUUGAACAAAUGAAACUGCCAAACAA